AUGGCGGUCGUCACGGGUCGUCCACGGAAAGACUGCGUCGCGUUUCUACGCACGCACGACAUUGAAGAUCUGUUUUCUGUUUUAAUUUGCAUGGAGGACUGUCUGCCGAAACCGUCAGACGAGCCCAUUCGACUGGCGCUCGAAGCCCUCAAUGUGCGUCCAGAAGACGCGGUGAUGGUCGGCGAUACCGUCGAUGACGUGAUCGCAGCGCGCAGAGCCGGCACAGUAGUCUAUGGCGUAUUGACACCACUUGAUCAUGCCAGGUCUGUGCUUGAGCAGGCACCAGCAAGAAUCGAAACAGUGCUGAUGGAAUUGGGCGCGUCAAGGGUAUUGAAGCCCGGACUCGCAGAGCUUCUGGACCUCAUUCCAGCGGUGAAAAGCAACAAAUCAAAAGCAAGUGCUGAGACGAGGCAGCAGACAGCUGGUAAGCGAGAAGCAACCAUCUGUCGUGUGACAAACGAGACAUCAAUCAACGUCAAGUUGUCAUUGGACGGCACAGGCAAGUCCAAGGUGAGCUCGGGAAUCGGUUUUCUCGACCACAUGUUGACGGCGUUGGCCAAGCAUAGCCGUUUUGAUCUCGAGCUCGAGUGCAAAGGCGACACGUGGAUUGACGACCAUCAUACAACGGAAGACUGUGCGCUCACGCUCGGUGAAGCUUUUGAUGCAGCACUCGGGGACCGUGCGGGUAUCGCUCGCUUUGGAUCCGCUUGUGUACCGCUGGACGAAGCGCUGUCGCGCGCUAUUGUGGACAUUUCGAGCCGCGCACACAGCGAGAUCAACUUGCAGCUGGUCCGACCGAACGUGGGCGAGCUGUCGUGUGAGAUGAUCACGCACUUUUUUGAGUCGUUUGCAAGCGCCGCCCGCGUGACGCUGCAUGUUGACGUCCUGCGCGGUCGCAACGACCAUCACCGUGCUGAAGCGUCCUUCAAGGCUCUGGCUGUUGCGCUGCGCACUGCUGUCAAGCGCGAUGCCACUGCCGGCGUGCCUAGUACCAAGGGCGUGCUGGCAUAA